AUGGGGGAACGCGUUUUAAUCACAUGGAAUCGGUGUAUGUGCGGAUUAAUUCUGUUUUGCACCUUGGGAAUAACCUCGGUUUUGUCCGAAGAAAGGACACUAAGGUAUAAAAUAUACGAAGAGGUCACUCCGAAUUCAGUGAUCGGAACUCUUGCUCAUGAUAUAACAUGGACUUUGGACAGAGCCUGGAGAUCUUCUCAAGGGGUCAGGUUUAAGAUGAUGAGCCAGUUCACCGCUCCUUUCAUCAGAUUAAGAGAAAGCGACGGGAGGCUCUCUGUCGAGGAGCGCAUUGACAGAGAGAAAAUCUGUAAGCAUAAUCUGGAUUGUUUAAUCACUUUCGACGUGGCUUUUGUCUCUGGCGAUCGGUUUAAAUUAUUUCACGUUGAAGUGGAAGUCAUGGAUAUCAAUGACAACUCGCCAGAGUUUCCCAACCCGGAAUGUGCGAUUGAAAUCUCCGAGAAUGCAGUUUUGGGGUUUCGUAUUGCUUUGGAUGCUGCCCAGGACGCAGACGUGGGCACCAACUCUGUUCAAAGCUAUCAAAUUUCGGAAAACAGUUACUUCAGCAUUGACGUUAUAACAAGAGUGGAUGGGGUUAAAUAUGCGGAGCUUGUACUAAUGAAAGAGCUGGACAGAGAGAUUCAGUCAUCUUAUGUUCUAAACCUUGUUGCUAUCGACGGAGGCCAUCCGUCUAGAAGUGGUUCCACGAAUGUCACUAUCAAAGUGAGGGACUUUAACGAUAACAGUCCUGUUUUCGACCAAAAUAAUUUCUCGGUUGAUUUACCCGAAGACGCGCCGGCUGGGUUCCUUUUGCUAGACUUACAUGCAGUUGACCCAGACGAGGGUCUAAAUGGAGAGGUUGUCUAUGAAUUCGGCAAACAGGUUACCACUGAAAUCAGACAGCUCUUUAAAGUAGAUCAAAAAUCCGGACGUCUGACUCUUGAGAGCCCGGUAGAUUUCGAGGAAAAGAAAAUGUAUGAGCUAGACGUUCAAGCCUCUGAUUUAGGACCAAACCCUGUCCCCUCCGUCUGUAAAAUAAUUAUACACGUAACUGAUGUAAAUGACAACGCUCCUGAAAUUAGUAUCACUCCUAUCACUUCUACCACAGACGGCAUAGCGUACGUCAGCGAGGCUACAGGUCCAGAGAGCCUGGUCGCCUUGAUCAGCACCUCGGACAGCGACAAUGGAGCGAACGGGCAAGUUAGCUGCACUUUGUAUGGUGGCCAUGACCAUUUUAAAAUUCACAGAGCGUAUGAGGACAGCUACACAAUAGUCACCACGGCAAGUCUUGACAGAGAGAAGAUCCCCGAAUACAACUUAACAGUUGUAGCGGAGGACUUUGGUUCCCCUCCUUUAAGAACAAUUGCUCACUACACCGUAAGAUUAACCGAUGUCAACGACAACGCUCCGGUCUUUAGCGCGCCGCUAUACGAAGUAUUCAUUGAGGAAAAUAAUGUUCCAGGCACAUAUAUCACCACAGUUUUAGCAAGCGACGUAGAUUCCGGACUUAAUGGUGAAAUAACUUAUGAGCUGUUUGACAGCGAUGCAGCGGCGGGGUCUCGUGUAUCGAAAUUUGCGAUUAUGAAUCAAGCCGGGCACGUGUUUGCUUUGCAAAGUUUUAACUACGAAGUUACGAAAAAACUAGAGCUACGCGUUCGCGCGAGCGACAGAGGGUGGCCACAGCUUCAUAGCAGUGCUAUCCUCAACAUAAAUAUAGUUGAUCAGAAUGACAAUGCCCCAUCUAUAAUCAAACCUUUCCUAACCAACGGAUCUGUCGAAAUCCCUUUGUCGAAAGACGCACUUCAGGGUUAUAUUGUUACCCAGAUACAAGCGAGAGACGCUGACGAGGGAUUAAAUGCUGAGCUUUCAUAUAAAAUUGUUGAUGGAGGUAAUUUGGGGUUUGCAAUCAACAAAGAUACCGGGGAGAUUUACGUCAGCCAAAAGUUCAACUACGACACGAAUGAAAUUUUGAAACUGUUAGUGACAGUAAAUGACAACGGGCGACCAUCUCUGACUUCAACAGCCACGAUACUGCUCCGCCUCACCGAAUCCGCUCCGUCUAAUGACAACUUGUAUGUCAAUAACGAACAAGGCCAGCCUCGGCAAUGGGCCAUGUCCUUAAUAAUGAUCUUGGGCCUCGCAGGAAGCUGUACAGUCCUUCUGCUGGCUAUCGUUUUAAUUUACAUCUCUUGCAGUGGACAGAAGACGAAAAAAAGAAACAAAUUUCAUGCCACGGGGGAUGCACCUUACGUGGAAAAAGAGAACAAUGUUGUAUCAGUCAUUUCAAACCAGCCAGAGAGUAUGUUUGAUGCUCAUCAUUUUCCUAACAAAGCAACAUUCUGCUCGCCAGAAAGAACUGGAAACGACUUGAAAGCAAACGCUGAUAAAGACGGCGUCGCCACGAAAAGGUUUCAUUCCAAAUGUAAGAAUAUGAAUAAACUGGAGGGGUACUCCACACUACCUGGCUAUGGCAGAGAAAGUUCUAGACCCAUCACAGUGUGGAAAGGCAACUCUAUGACGACCAUCUCAGUCAGGGAUCCACAGAUCAGUGGCAAGGACAGUGGCAAAGGGGACAGUGACUUUAACGACAGCGAUUCAGACAUGAGUGAAGAUGUUACCAAGAAAGACAGCUCAGCAAACACAGGGCUCUGGGCAUGCACAAGCGAGUGUAAAAUCCUGGGCCACUCAGACCGAUGUUGGAGUCCGUCAGCGGCGAGACGCCACGGCCACCUCUCUCACCGACACCUCUCGACGUUCGCCAAGAUACCGCCUUUGCCGCAAGACGCCGUUCAAAGAGACGGUUACUAUGAGACUCACACAGCGGGACCUCAAAACGCAAACGAAAAUCAGCAAAAAAAAUUUGACUACAUCCUUGUUUGUUCACCUCCUCAACAAAGGAGGAGACACAAUGAGGAGGUGCCGGUCCCAGAGGAGACCCAUUCCACUAAACCCAUCUUACAGACUAGUCCGGAGCGCUGUCUCCACGAGUAA